UAUCCUCUCUGCCUUUUUAAGCCUCUCUCCUCAGAUUCAACCUAGUCACCGGCCGACUAACCUUAGAAAUGGACUCACCACAGAGGUAGAGGGGACAUAAAAGAAGUCUCGCUGUGAGGAGGCAUGGGCAUCUUAUUAAAACAGCAGGAAAGGCACUUGGAUUUGAGCCAAAUAGGAUCUCUCCCUGUGUGCUCUGACCGGAUUUGGGGAAAUGUGGAUUUACUUGUUGAGGUGCUCUCCUUCGCUGUCCUCUGUGACUGGUGAAUAAGUUCAGCCAGUCCUGAAAGCUUGGAUUGGCGUCAGGUUUUGGCUUGACUUAAUAGCAGAAAUAUCCAAGUAACUUAUUCUCUGUGAGACUUCUGUUUGGGACCGAAUGUGGAGAUGGAGGACCGCUUUGUAGAAUCUACGCUAAUAGAUUUUGUCAGUGACAUGAACCUGAUGGAGUAUCCGCAAAAAUGCCCUUUGGGACCGAAACGGCAGGAUGAUAAUGAUGACGCAUCUGGCGUGGACAACCAGACACGACUGAGCGACUCGCCCUGGAGCGACCUGGAAAACGCGGAGCUCUGCACCGAGCAUCUGGUGAUGGGCGCACCGAAGUACUGCAGCCGUGGGGCGCACGGCCAUCACAGCAAGUCUAAACGGAGGAGGAUCAUCACUGUGGUCCAGCGGCAGGCGGCCAAUGUGCGGGAAAGGAAGCGGAUGUUUAGCCUGAAUGAGGCGUUUGAUGAACUGAGGAGGAAAGUCCCCACAUUCGCCUACGAGAAGAGACUGUCCCGUAUCGACACACUCCGUCUGGCCAUCGUCUACAUCUCCUUCAUGACGGACCUGCUGGAGAACACCUGAGUCCUAAAAGUCCAAUAUGAACUUUAUUCUUUGGAGAUUGGACUGAGUUUAUUACUGAAAUGGUUGAACAGAUUAACUGUUCUAAAUGUACAUUUAUCCAAACUGUGAUUUGAGUCAGUUUCUGAAAUCUUAGAAUUAGACAACACAUAUUUGAAACUA